CACAAGCCACACCAAAGUACCUCCCCUGGGAUCGACGAGUACCUACGUGUAGGUACCCCGAAUGCUGGUAGCCGCCGCUGGACGCUCUCCUGGCAUACUACCCAGAUCGCAGCCAGCUCCCUGAACAUCACAGCGGCUGGGCCCUGGCCACCUGCGCCUGCGCAAACACACAAGUCCGUCCAACCACCACCAUGCCGCGCGCCAGCAACGGGAUUUGGCUGCUGCUCCUGGCCCUGCUGGCUCUUUGUUCAUCUUUGGCACAGGCAGCUGCGCCUACGUUCUGCAAAUGCACCUGCUUCAAGAACAGCACCCUCAUCCAACUCGGACCCGAGUCUUCGUCGUCAUCAACCUCCCGUAGCACCCACCUGCAGGCCGAAGCCGAAUACCUUCCCGAGCGCUCUGCCUCUGCCUCGUGCACCCAGUGCACCCGUGCCUUCUGCUUGUCCCACAAUCUUCCAAUCUGCAAGGACGCCGAGGAGAGCGACACAGUCGCGACAUGCUUUCAGCGGGACAGCCGCAAGGACGAGAUUAUCGUUUGGGCCUUCAUCCUCGGUACAACUGGCCUUCUUGCAUGGGCUGCCGUCAAGAGGCUCUCUGAGUACCGUGAUGCGAAAAAGGGAACGUCACCAUCAGGAACUGUUCCCUCUCGGCCCAUCGCAGGAGACGCCGGUGGCUCAAGUAGCCAGAAUCGUGGCGCGUACGCGCCCCUAGACGACGCCGAGUCUCGCAGCAUGGGGAUACGAUGAUGGUGACACGAUGUGCGCUGUUUAGCUACCGGCCUCCGUCGCUGCAGAUAGAGACGCACUUUCUGGGAGAUGAAAUCAUCAAUUGUAUUGCUUAUACUAUCUUUACAUCUCCACCUAUCUGGUUGCAA